CUCUGCAGGGAGAGCGGCGGCAACAUCAUCUACCGCUCGUCAAGGUGGUGGUUGUUACGAUUAAAAUCGAAGCGACUAUGGGAAGUACCCUGGCGUCCUGCAGGAAGAAAAUCCUUCUCUUCUUUACCCUGGUGCUGUGGGAGUCUUCCAGACAAGUUCUGGGGGAUACCGUGGAUAAUGAUGCAAAGAACAACAUUACCAUUUUUACAAGGAUUCUAGACAGACUUCUGGAUGGCUAUGAUAAUCGGCUGAGGCCUGGACUAGGAGACCGAGUAACAGAAGUCCAUACUGAUAUCUACGUGACAAGCUUUGGUCCUGUUUCUGAUACAGAUAUGGAAUAUACAAUUGAUGUCUUUUUUCGUCAAAACUGGCAAGAUGAACGGCUGAGAUUUAAAGGACCAAUGCAUAUUCUUCGAUUAAACAACCUAAUGGCAAAUAAAAUUUGGACUCCUGACACAUUCUUCCAUAACGGAAAGAAGUCUAUAGCCCACAACAUGACCAUGCCAAAUAAGCUGUUAAGAAUUCAAGAUGACGGGACUCUCUUGUAUACUAUGAGGCUCACUGUCCAAGCUGAAUGUCCCAUGCAUUUAGAAGAUUUUCCCAUGGAUGCUCAUGCUUGUCCAUUAAAAUUUGGAAGCUAUGCCUACACAACUUCUGAAGUGACCUAUGUAUGGACACGGAAUGCCACAGAUUCUGUAGUGGUGGCACCAGAUGGAUCUCGAUUAAAUCAGUAUGUGCUUUUGGGCCAUUUAGUUGGUAAAGAAACCAUAAAAUCCAGCACAGGUGAAUACACAGUGAUGACAACACAUUUUCAUUUGAAACGAAAGAUUGGCUAUUUUGUGAUCCAGACUUAUCUGCCCUGCAUCAUGACCGUUAUUUUGUCUCAGGUGUCUUUCUGGUUGAACAGAGAGUCUGUCCCUGCAAGAACAGUGUUUGGUGUCACCACUGUAUUGACAAUGACAACACUCAGUAUCAGUGCCAGAAACUCCCUUCCAAAAGUGGCCUAUGCAACAGCCAUGGACUGGUUCAUUGCAGUCUGCUAUGCUUUUGUAUUUUCUGCUUUAAUAGAGUUUGCAACUGUCAACUACUUUACCAAAAGAGGAUGGGCUUGGGAUGGAAAAAGUAUUGUCAAUGACAAGAAAAAAGAGAAGGCUUCAGUGAUAAAGAAAAACAAUGCCUACGCCGUCGCUGUUGCAAAUUAUGCUCCGAACAUCACUAAAGAUUCAGCUCUGCCAACAAUAUCUAAAAGUGCAACCGCUGAUCCGAACAAAGCAAAACCACAGGAGGCAAAGAAAACAUUUAACAGCGUCAGUAAAAUCGACAGAAUGUCUAGAAUAGUCUUUCCACUUUUAUUUGGUACAUUCAAUUUGGUCUACUGGGCAACUUAUCUGAAUAGGGAACUUGCCAUUGAUGGGCUGGCAUUUUCAAAAUAGAAAUAGGAAUUUGCUAACACUCCAUUAGCAUCUUCAGUCUGUUUUAGUAUAUAUUACUAAUAAACUGAUUUGUUCAUUGAAAUGUACAGUACGUGCCUCUUAAAUAGAGGACUUUGUUAACUGGAAUGAGCUUUGAGAAGAUUGCACUUAUGGCUUCUAUAAAAUGACAUAGAUUACAAAGUAUUUAUUAUUAUGAUAUAUUAUAUAUAUAUAUUAUAUAUUAUUUUCUUUUUUACUUUGGAAAUGGAGGAGUAAAACACAUUGUAUAGCGAUGCAGUGUGUCACCCUUUAGCAGUGGAAGGGAUUAAAGUUCUAUUGUAGCACAUGGUGAGUGGUUAAUCUCAAUAAGGAAUGGCCUUCUGCACUCCAGUGGUUUCACAGCUGAAAUUAUCAGCAUUCUCUGCCAACCGAGCACGAGGGAGGAUGCUGGGAUUUCAAUUUCGUUCUGCAACCACUGCAAUGCCACAGGUUGCCUAUAUGUGUUAAAAGAGAACCAAUUUAUGGAGACAUGGAUUUUUAUUUUGGGGACAUAUUUUUUUGAUGUACGACUCUUUUUUAUGAUAAUGCAGCAUUCUGUGUACAAACUAGUUUCUAAAUUCGGAAGUUUAAUGUGCUUCACAUAAAUAUUUAUUGAUACCUUUACUUUUUCAGGAAAAGUGUUAGUGUAGGUACAAAAAAAAAAGUAUCUUUUUAUUACAUACUUUGGGUAUUUUCCCAGUACUGACUGAAAUUCUCUAAAAUUGUUGAUAAACCUUUUUAACAUCUGUAUAAUAAUAAUAAUAAUAAUAUAUAUGAAAAUGGCAGUCUUAGAGUUUAUGCAACUGCCACUUCAAUCCAAUAUGAUCUUAUAAACUCUUUGGGCCCAAUGAACGCUAAUUUACCACUGAGUUCAUCCGAGUUGGAUGGGUCCAGUUGCAUUAGAUGUUUUUUUUGACAAGGUCACCCUUGCACUUUGGGGCCCUUAACAGGUGAAAUAUCUAUCCCUCAUUUGCAGUAUGCUUGCAAUAUUAAAUUUAGCUUUUCAGGGAUAGUGUUAAACACUAGUGAUGGGCGAAUGUAUUCGACAGGCGCAAAUUUGCGGCAAAUUUACAGGUUUCGCACCUGGCGAAUAAAUUUGUGAAUUUGCAGCGAAAACUCACCGUCGAAGAUUCACAAGUUUUUUGCCGGCGUCAAAAUCGGCGUUUCACAAAUGUUUCACUGCAAAUCUUUUCAUGGUUAAGCGAAACGGGACAAAUUCGCCAUCACUAUUGAACAUUAUAACCCUCCCCAAUGAUUGCUGCCUUCAGCUAACUAUGAAUGUCCACCGGACCAUAUUUCAAUUCCUGCCUCCUAUAUUACUCAAAAAACACUUAAUUAUGUCAAAAUAGCUUAACAUGACUAGUAUUUUAGUUAGCUAUUUAAGGCAUAUUGUACUUACGUGGGAAUGUAAUAUGUUUUGUUAGCGCAAAAUACUUCUUAAACACUUUUGCGAACGUUAGCAACCAAGAUUUUCACUGUUUGCGUCCUUUAUGACCAAUUUGAGACAACAACUUCCUUGCAAAGUUUGUGAGCAAAUUACUUUUGCCAACAUGUGCAUUAUAUGUAAUAAAAUGUACAAUCGCAAAGCGUUUUUUUGAGACAAAAUGUUUAAGAAAACUCAAGAGCAGGUGUUAACGCUAUCCUUUUCUUAGUGGUAAUGAGCAAUGUAAUAUUUGCCAGUGGAUGAUUUCACAUUGUGAGCUAAACAUUUGCAAAAUACCAUUUUAAACAACCCUUGUGAUUUUAAUUACAUUUACAAAAUUUAUUAUAAAUGUAUUCCUCCCAUGUGUCCUGCUUAAAGAACACAGUGGUUAAUAGUAAUAAUGGAAUAGAGAGCCCAAAGAAUAUGUUUUUGCAAUUUUCCAAAAUAAAUGCUUAUUUGCCA